GGCCCCCGUUCUACGGGUUGGCGCGAGAGUCAAAAAGCUUCAUCCGUCUCCGGGAUAGAUAGUUACCGUGGAGGCGUCGCUGUGGGGGGACUUCGCACUGGUAACGCGGCACUAGAUUGAGUCCGAGGCGAAGGCCCCUGCGUCCCUUCCGUCAUUUGUGUCUUCGUUCUACUCCAGCCGUCCCCUGGGAUGGAACGUGGUGUGGUGUUGGAGGUUCCACUGGUGUCUCAACAGGACUGAAGCCUGUACGGCCUGGACAGGCGCGCCCAAGGUAUGGAUGAGAAAGGUGACCCGAGCAAUGAGGAAGCCCCCAAGGUCAUCAAACCCACCAGUAAAGAGUUUAGGAAAACGUGGGGGUUUCGGAGGACCACCAUUGCUAAGCGCGAGGGCGCGGGGGACGCGGAGUUAGACUCUGUGGAUCAGCAGCCCCAGCAGCAGCAGCAGAGCCUUUCCUUGCGACGCAGCGGGCGCCAGCCGAAGCGGACCGAGAGGGUGGAGGAGUUCCUCACGACCGUCCGCCGCAGGGGGAGGAGGACUCUGCCUGUGUCGUCCGAGGACCCCAGCGAGCCCGCCUCCUACCCAGUCACAGAUGCGGAAACCGCCUCGGAGGGGAGCGUCGAGAGCGCCUCUGACGGCAAAGGUGGGCCCGGGGCCAGCCCUGCAGGCGGCAAGGAGCGCCCAGCCUCGUCUGCAAAGGCCAAAGAAGGUGACAGCGAGGACGACACUUCUGGCAGCGACAGUGAUGGGUUGACCUUGAAAGAACUUCAGAACCGCCUUCGGAGAAAGCGCGAGCAAGAGCCAGCUGACCGGCCCCUGAGAGGCGCCCUGAGUCGCCUGAGGAAGAAGCGUCGGGAGGAGGACGCGACAGAAAGUGCAGAGAUGGAGGCGGCCGAUGCCGCAGACAGCUCCCCGCCACGCCAGCAGGAGCCUGCAGCCGAGCGGGCAGCAAGGGACGGCCGAGAGAGGACGUCAGAAGGGCGUGUGGCCCCGGGGGCCAGAGAGGAAGGCCCCAGAGGCUCGGGCAAGCACAAGCCCGAGUGCGAGGUGUACGACCCCAGCGCGCUGUACUGCAUGUGUCGGCAGCCUCACAGCAACAGGUUCAUGAUCUGCUGUGACCGCUGCGAAGAAUGGUUCCACGGCGACUGUGUGGGCAUCUCCGAGGCCCGUGGGCGGCUCCUGGAGAGGAACGGGGAGGACUACAUCUGCCCCAACUGCACCAUCCUGCAGGUGCAGGACGAGCCUCGCCCCGAGGCCGCCGACCCGCAGGAGGCCAGGCUGCAGCCCGCCGACCCUGAGGGCGCGGAGUGCACGAGCAUGGGCACCGUGGAGCAGAAGUCCAGCGAGGACCAGGGGAUCAAGGGCCGGAUCGAGAAGGCCGCAAACCCGAGUGGCAAGAAGAAGCUCAAGAUCUUCCAGCCGGUCGCAGAGGCUCCUGCCGCCGCCAAGUGCAUCGGGCCGGGGUGCUCGCGUGUGGCGCAGCCCGACUCCGUCUACUGCAGCAGCGACUGCAUCCUGAAGCACGCCGCGGCCACCAUGAAGUUCCUGAGUGCGGGCAGGGAGGCCAAAGCCAAGCCCAAGGAAAAGGCCAAGGCCAAGUCAGAAAGGCUUAUUCUCCCAAAAUGCACUGUUCAGGCAGGCGUCAGAGUCUCCACCGUGCAGAAGAGACUGGCCCCAGACAAGAAAGAGAACACGGUGAAGAAGGCGGUGCUGGCCCCUGCCAGGAGCGAGGCCCCGGUGAAGGAAGCCCCUUGCGAGAGCAGCACACCGUCCUGGGCCAGCGACCACAAUUACAAUGCAGUGAAGCCGGAGCAGACCGCUGCCCCACGGCCGUCACUGUUGUGUAAAUCUGGGAAGGAGGACCGCCCCGUGGAGGAGAGCGCAGUGGCCUCGGGGCCGAAGAAAGUGGCCGCCCCGAGCCCCGCCGCGGGCAGCAGGCAGCCUUCACCCCGGAGAUUCCUUCAAAAGAAGUCGCCUCCUUUCUCGAAUGCGGUCAAGCCGGCCGUCAGGAAGCUGCCCUCGGGCUUCACGGGCACCGUCCCCAAGCGUCCGUGGCCCUCGGCCACCCCCUCGAGCAGCGCUCCCUCCACCAGGCAGGCAGGGCCGGGGCCCAGCACUGCCACAGCUGCUUCCAGAAAGCCGCCGGGCUCCACCACCCUGGGGGGCGCCUCCAGGAAGCCCAUGGUGGCCUCUGUCCCCCUGGCCUCCCCAGCUCCAGGCCGCCUGGGGACCUCAAGCGCCGCCCCGUCGCAGCCGAAUUCACAGAUCCGGCAAAAUAUAAGGCGUUCCCUGAAGGAGAUCUUGUGGAGGAGAGCCAGUGACAGUGACGACUUGACAAUGACAGAGAGUGAGGUCGGGAAGGUCGCCCUCCACAUCGAGAAGGAGAUGUUCAGCCUGUUCCGCGUCACUGACAGCCGCUACAAGAGCAAGUACCGCAGCAUUAUGUUCAACCUCAAGGACCCCAAGAACCAGGGCCUCUUCCACCGUGUUCUGCGUGAAGAGAUCCCUUUGGCCAGACUCGUGAGGAUGAAGCCGGAAGAGCUUGUGUCCAAGGAGCUCUCCGUGUGGAAGGGGAGGCUGACGAAGCCUGUGGCGGAGCCCAGAGUGAAGGUGCAGCAGGAGGGCAGGAAGGCGGCCGCCAGGCAGGAGGCCGUCCCCGACAUGGAAGACUCCCCGCCUGUGUCCGACUCGGACGAGCAGGAGUCGGUGCGCACCGUGCCCGAGAAGAGCGCCGCGCCCCCCCUGGACGUCGUCAGCAGCAUGUUGAAGGACACGACGGGCCAGCACCGCGCUCACCUCUUCGACCUGAACUGCAGGGUUUGCACAGGUCAGGUUUCGUCAGAAGGGGAGCCGGCCCCAAAGAGGCAGAAGUUGUCGGCGCCUGCGAAGAAAGAAGAGCCCAAGUCCAAGUGCGACGGUGCCCCCUCCGAGCCAGCUCUCAGCUCCGCGAACGAAGUGGCGGCAGACAUGCUGCCCAAGGACACGCCCACAGUGCAGCCCGAGGGCGCGGCCCCCUCGGGGAGGGGCCUCCCCGUGGCUCCGGGAGAUGGCCACCCUGAGCCCUCUGCCCCAGAAGGGCCCUCUGGCCCAGCCCCCAGCGGGGUCGCCAUGGUCACAACUGUCACCGUGUCCGGCCGAGACCCCAGGACUGCACAGAGCGCGGCGAGCACAGCCCCGACCCCCGACAGCGCCCAGCUGGCCGAGCCCCCGCAGGACGUCCUGAAGCCCCCCGUGCUGGUGCCCAAGUCCAUCCUCGCCAAGCCGUCCCCCUCCCCUGAGCCCAGAUACCUGCUGUCCGUCCCUCCGUCCGUCCCUCCGUCCCCGAGCAUCAGUGCUGCGGAGUCUCGGUCUCCGCCAGAUGGGGACGCGCCGCUCUUCCUGUCCCGACUCAGCACCAUCUGGAAGGGUUUCAUCAACAUGCAGAGCGUGGCCAAGUUCGUCACGAAGGCCUACCCCGUCUCGGGGAGCUUCGACCACCUCAGUGAGGACCUGCCUGACACGAUUCACAUCGGAGGGCGGAUCGCGCCGAGGACCGUGUGGGACUACGUCGGCAAGCUCAAGUCCUCCGUGUCUAAGGAGCUGUGCCUGAUCCGCUUCCACCCGGCCACGGAGGAGGAGGAGGUGGCCUACAUCUCCCUGUACUCCUACUUCAGCAGCCGCGGCCGCUUCGGCGUGGUCGCCAACAACAGCCGGCACGUCAAAGACCUCUACCUGAUCCCCCUGAGCGCCGAGGACCCGGUGCCGUCCAGGCUCUUGCCCUUCGAGGGGCCAGGCCUCGAGUCACCUCGUCCCAACAUCAUCCUCGGGUUGGUGAUCUGUCAAAAAACAAAGCGCCCUUCCACUGCUGGGGAGCUGGACAAGACGGAGGAGAAGCGGGCCCGGCUGCAGGCUCCGGGAGAAGCGGACCUGGCGGGCUGCCCCAGAAUGCCUCCGGCCUCGCAGUCCGACAAGAAGCCCCCCAAGUAUCAGCUCGGCUCUGGGGACACAGCUGUCAGUGGCACCCCCCCGGGGUCCCCUCCACCGCCACCCCCUCUGCCAGAACCACCAGCUUCAUCCUCAUCUUCCUCAUCGUCUUCCUCAUCAUCUUCAUCCGUGUCGAAGACUCUGCCGUCCCUCAAACCGGGUUCCACCGGUACCAUCCCGGCACCGGCUGUCCCGGCAGCGGUCACGGCAGCCGCCGCCUCUGCCUCCAAGACGGCCUCGCCGCUGGAGCACAUCCUGCAGACUCUGUUUGGGAAGAAGAAAGCAUUCGACCCCGCGGCCGUGGAGCCCCCGGAGCCCGUGCCCGCAGCCCGCCCAGAUGCCAGGGUGGAGAGCGGGCUGCCAGCAGCGCCGUUGCUGGACCCCAUUGUCCAGCAGUUUGGCCAGCUGUCCAGGGAGCGGGCGCUGGAGGAGGAAGAGGAUGACAGGCCAUAUGACCCCGAGGAAGAGUACGGCCCCGACCGGGCCCUGGAUGCUCAGCCCGGGGGUCGAGGGAAGCGGCAGGGUGCGGAGAAGGCCCCCGAGAGCACCGAGCGUGAGGAGGUGGCCUACGACCCCGAGGAUGAGACGAUUCUGGAAGAGGCCAAAGUGACCGUGGAGGACCUGCCCAACAGGAUGUGCACGGACACCCGGGGCGGCGGUGCCGCCGCGCCCUCCCUGGCUGAGCAGCAGCAGAUGAUCGAGGAGCUGAACCGGCAGAUCGAGGAGCAGCAGCGGCAGGUGCAGGAGCAGGAGGAGGCCCUCAGGCAGCAGCGGGCCGCCGUCGGGGCCUCCAUGGCCCACUUCUCCGUGUCGGACGCCCUGAUGUCGCCGCCUCCGAAGGCAGCGCUGCCCAAGGCCGAGCUUUUCCCUCAGGAGCCACAGGCUGUUGGAAGGGCAGCAGGGACCCCCAGCAGUCAGGGGCCCGGGCCGGGCUCAGACCCACGACAGAAUCGAGACCCCCGGCAGGCCCGACGGCUGGCCGCGGAGAGCGGUGAGGGCGAGAGCGCGAAGGCCCCCGCCGGCAGCACGCCCGGCACCCUGCCCUCCAGAGACGUGCCCAGCGGGGCCGCCGUCAGUCAGGGGCUGGCACCUGCCCCGGAAGAAAAGGAGCCGAGCCCUCCGGCCUGGGCUCCAGGGGACGAGGCCUCCCGGCCCGCCAAGCAAGAGGGCGCCACAGGGGAGCCCUCAGAGAGCCGUGGUCCACCGCCCACACAUGGCGGCCCUCCCCUGGCAGGCAGCCUUGGCCCGGCCCGGCCCGCCCGGAAGGUGCUGCUGCCCACACCGCCGAGCGCCGCCUUCCCACCCGGCUUCCCCGUGCAGAGCGAGGGGCAGAGCUUCGGCUCCCCUGCGGGGAGGGACCCCUUUCUGAAUCCAGCCGUCGUGUCUCAGGACAGAGCCUUUGGCUCGUCCCCAUAUGAGGGCCUGAGAAAUGCCCCGUUUGCUGACAAGAGCGACCGCUCAGCCACUGAGACAGAAGGAGACAGAGAGCCCCCAGGCAGACCGGGCGAGGGGCCCGCCACCGGCCCCCCGCCGGGGCCCCAGUUCCAGGGCCAGCGUGAGCCCCCGCCCCGCACUUUCGGAACGUCAGGACUUCACGGCCCCAACUUCCCAGGACCACGGGGGCCUGCGCCCCCCUUUUCAGAAGAGAAUGUCAUUUCUAACAAUGAUGGUCCGAGAGGCCCUCCUCCGGCCAGAUUCGGGGCCCAGAAGGGGCCCAUCCCUUCCCUGUUCUCAGGGCCACGUGGGCCACCCCCCUAUGGGGAGAGCAGGGGCCCUUCCCCCUCGCACCCUGGGGGGCCCCGAGGGGCAGCCCCACCCCCAUUCGAAGAACGUAAGGACCCGCAUGGGGGGACGAGAGAGCUGGAGGCUCCUUACGGCGAUGCAGCUGGGGCUCCUGCCCCGUUUGAGGGUCCGGAUCAAGGCCCCCCGAUGGGAAGCAGAGGCCCAGGCCCAUUCCAGUUUGGGGGCCCCCGGAGGCCUCUGCUGGCCCAGUUUAAAGGGCCCCGGGGAGGCCCCCCUCCCUCCCAGUUUGGAGGUCAGAGAGGACCACCCCCUGGCCAUUUCGCGGGCCCGAGGGGGCCGCAUCCUAGUCAGUUUGAUGGACCUAGAGGACAAGCAGCAACUUUCAUGCCAGGACCCAGGGGCGUUCAGCCUCAGCAGUUUGAUGAGCAAAGGGUCAACUCCCCGCCCAGGUUUGCCACCCAGAGGGCUCCGGGACCCCUCCCAUUUGGGGGCCCUCGUGGGUCUGCACCUUUUCCCGACAAAAAUGAGCCUGCCCCUCCCCGGUUCCACUUUCAGGGCCCUGCCCCUCAGGGGGUGAAACCAGCGCCCAGGCCCCUGCUGGAGCUGCCCAGCCAUCCGCCCCAGCACCGCAAGGACCGCUGGGACGAGGCUGGCCCAGCCCCCGUCCUGCCCUCCGGGACGCCGGGCUCGGGCCCGGAGGCUGAGGCACAGUGGGCCGCACCCGAUUUCCGGGAGGGCAAAGCCCCCGAGUACAGAAACCAGGCGGGCCCCAAAGAGAAGCCGCUGGAGGAGCCCGAGACGCAGGCCGAGAGCCGGCAGGGCCGCGCCUUUGAGGACCGCAGGCGCGAGCGUGGCCGCAACUGGAGCCGAGAGCGGGACUGGGACCGAGGACGCGAGUGGGACCGGCACCGGGAGAAGGACUCCUGCCGCGACCGCAACAGGGACCGGGAGCGGGACUGGGAGCGGAGCCGUGAGCGCAGCCGCAACAGGGACCGCGACCGUGACCGGAGGCGGGACCGAGAGAGGUCCCGGAGCAGAGACCGGGACCGGGCCCGAGAGCGAGGCCGGGACCACCGGGACCGCAGCAGGAGCAAGGAGAGCGUUCGGGACCCCAAGGCUGAGGCCGCCCCUCGAGGGGCUGACCCCGCCCCCCACACGUAGGCUGUCCCUCUGGGUCCCUCCCUUUGAAAGCCAAGUUCAUAGAAUGUGUUGGACAAAUCGGUUUUGAAAUCGCUAUGAACUCAGAUGAAUAGAACAUUCUGGACUUCAGAAAUUACUGUAAUUUUGUGUAUAAUGGUUUCUUACAAAUUUCCCGUCUUUACAAUUCUGACGCUUUUUUAAAAAAAACUAAAGGACUCUUAACAUUUCCAUUGAGAAUUACCGAAAUGGGAAAGUGUCUACAAAAGCAUAUUGCUUUUUCAGAUCAUACUGUUAUCUUUUCCAGCACCUGACCGGGUGAGUUGGGGAAUUUCCGUGGACCUCAGCGCCGCCACGAAGCUGGGAGCGGGCACGGCCGUGCCGGCGGCCCGGGGCCGGCCCACACUCGGGGGCGGUGGGAGCAGCACUUGCUGGUGCGUUUUUCUUUUUUCCUAAAGAAAUUUGACUUACAAAUUUCAACCAGGAAACAACAUGUUUCUUAGUUUUGCUCAGUUUUUAUAUAUCACCUUAUACUUUUUUCUCUCCAAAUUAAAAGCAACAUCUGAGUACAAAUUGUCACAUUUUAAAUAACACUUGAUUGGAAAAGGCUUCCAGUUUUACCCAAAAGUGAGGAGGCAGACCAAUGACGUGGACUUGGAAGGGCGGGGCUCUCUGACCGCAGCCGUCAGGAAGGCGCCCUUGAGCUUCGCCUUCUGCCCGGUGCCUCCCGUGCCCCGGGCGGGGGGAGAGCGCUCCGCUCCGGCCACGGCUGCCAGGGCGGCUCUGGGAGUGAGUCUGAACGCGAGCGCGGCCCUCGGCACCUGCGCUUCCUGUGGAGGGCGCGACGAGAAACCCCUGCUAACUCAUUCGGCCGUACAAAUAACACUUUGAUGUUUUUUUACAUUUUCAUAAACUUUUGCAGAUGUACAAUGAGAGGUGUCCUCUGCUCUCCGGGGUCUGUUCUUCGUUGCGCAUCGCUGCCCACCCCCCUUCCUCCUGCAGACGCAGGGCCGCCCGGUGAGGCCCCAGCGGCGAGGGGGGGGGCCACUGUGAUCAGUGGGCAUCCGACCACCACGGUGUCCAGUCCCAACAGCUAAUACGAUGUGAAGGGUUUUUUACAUGUAAAACAGAUUUUUCUAAUUUAAAUACACAAAUGUAAAAAUCAAGUGUGUUUCCUUAGGUUGACUCAAUAGAUUUUUCUGUAAAUUGUAUUUUAUAUGGCAAAGUAUUAUAUCACUGUCCAUUAGCACAUGGAACUUGGUAGGUUUUGUUACUUGAAGUAGAAUAAACAUCGAUGAGGCUUUC